AUGGGCUCCACCGUGCGAGAAAGUACUUGCUAUGAUUCGACCUAUUUGGCCGAAUACUACGACAUCUGGACAGGCACCCGCAAUGACACCAGCUACAAUUCAAAUGCGCUCGUCCAGAUGGUCUCUAAAGCACCAUCCUCACACAUUCUCGUGCUUGAUGCUUGCACUGGCACUGGCCGGCUGAUUCAAGCAAUCACUAGCUAUGCGAAAGAUCAGUCUGAUAUUUCUCUUGCUAAUGUGGAGUUCAUGGGGCUCGACAAUGAGCCCCAUAUGAUUGCGCGAGCGGAGAAAAUAAAUUCAAAACUUCCUGUUCAAUCUGGCUGUCGAGGCAUUACCUGGCUUCUGGGCUCAGCGUUGGAAAUGUCCUCCAUCCCCGUCUUUCAAACAAAAAAGGUUGACCUUCUCACGAUUGGUUUCGGGAGUAUUUCGCACUUCUAUCAGCCAGGUCAACCUGAAAAGUUCUUAGAAGAAGUGGCUCAUAUCCUGACUCCGGGAACAGGAAUAGCUCAUAUCUCGAUUGUGAGCAAGCUCAUCGCAGACCCAGAGUUGGGUCUGGAUAAGGAUAUAACAGAUCCUUUGCCACCUAGUGAGCAUUCCAGUAUCGAGUUUCCAGGUGUAGUUUAUCGGGAGAAAGUGGUAGAAAAUGGCGUUCAGGGAAAUACUUGGCGCGUGGUCAGAGACAUUGAGGUCUGGAAGGAUGAGACUUUAAUCGAGAAGAAUCUGGACACAGCUUUGUUCCGUGUCUGGACUGAGAAAGAGCUGAGGGAAUUGGUUUCUGGAGCUGGCUUGCGAGUAUUAGAGAUAAUUCCCCAGGAGGUAGAUACAUUAUUUGUAGUGGGAUUUUGA